GCCGCGUGCUGCAUUGGAGCAACAGUUGUUCCUCUGUUAGAAUAUGAGUGAAAAAAGCAUUGAAAAAGGAAGUAACCCAAACAAUCAAGUUUUUAAAGACGCUGAAAAUCAAAUUAAAGAGGUCUGUGAGGUAUUGCAAAGAGAAGCAACAAGACUUCGUCAGGAGCAAGAAGCAAUCGACGCCAUGUCGAAGAAAAUAGACCAUGUCCACCUUUCUUCGACGAUAAACCUCAAUGUUGGCGGCCGCCGUUUCACGACAAGUCUUCAGACGUUGACUAAAGAUCCAGACUCGAUGUUAGCUGCCAUGUUCUCCGGGAAGUUCGAGGUGAAACCUUCCGAAGACGGAGCUUUCUUUAUCGACCGAGAUGGGGAACACUUCCGGUUUAUACUCAACUAUCUCCGCGAUGGAGAGCUGAUUAUACCAGAGGAUGCUAAAUUUCUCAAGGAACUCGAAGCCGAGGCAAAAUUCUACCAGAUCCAAGGGUUACUGGAGGAGCUGAAGUAUAAAGGGCUGAAAUGUUUUGAAGAGUCAGUGAUACUGACGAAUGUAAGGCACCGAAGCACGCUUAACGGUUGGUUGCCUCAACCCGGUAAAUGGCAACUUCUUUUACGAGGUUUUCGAGAUGGUUUCACAGCUCAUGCCUUUCAUUCCAAAUGUGAUAACAAAGGACCCACAGUUACCAUCGUCAAAAGUGGAGACAACAUAUUUGGAGGCUUCACGGAAAAUUCGUGGAACAGUCAGAAUCAGUACCUGCUCUGUUCACAGUCAUUCUUGUUCACCAUGGUGAAUCCACAGGGAGUUGAUCCGAUUAAAAUGCCACUCGCCAAAGAUCACCAGUAUGCCAUUUACUGUAACAGCUGCCAUGGACCAACAUUUGGUAGAGGGCAUGACUUACAGGUAUCAAACAACGCAAACAAAAGUGGUUCAAGUUACAGUAAUCUCGGCAACUCCUAUCAGCUUCCCACCGAACAGCAGAACACAUUCUUCACGGGAGCUCGAAAUUUUGGUGUGACAGACUACGAAGUGUUUGGAAUCUACCAGUGA